AUGUUUACGAAGUAUCCCUUCGAGGUAUGGGAUGCGCUCGAGGAAUCUGCGGCGCGGGACGGAUUUGAUCCGUUGUUGAGGCCGAUAUAUUUCCGGUUUCUGACGCCGUUGUCGAUUCAUUUGCCUAUGAGAGAGGGUGUUGAUGUUGCUGUUUAUGAAGUUAGUGUUGAAGGCGAGAAUGGCUCGACGAAUGUUUUUGAGAGUCUUGCUGUGACUGGAGUUAUGACGUUGGGGAUUGAUCAUGUGAAUCUUCUGGGUGAUACGAUUGGUAGUAUCGUGUGGCAUAAGGGCGGGAUAUUUAAGUAG